CAGAGUUGGAGGCGGUGGCGUUUGCUCUCCUUAGGGGGCGUCUUCGGGAGCUCCGCGGGACGCAGGCCGGAGAGGCCGCCCGGCGCCAGCACCUUCCGGCUCCUGGGGCGGCGGCGGCGGCGGCGGCAUCGGCGUCCAGGCCAUUUCUAGAAGCGCUCUGGCCACACUUGGCUCUGCUUUGGGGACACGUCUGAAGGUGCUGGGGGACUGUAUGCAGUGCCAAGAUUUAAACCACUGUUGCAGCCAUAUGCAAAGUUCUAAAUGGCUUCUAAGAAGUUGGGUGCAGAUUUUCAUGGGACUUUCAGUUACCUUGAUGAUGUCCCAUUUAAGAUAGGAGACAAAUUCAAAGCGCCAGCUAAAGUUGGUCUACCUAUUGGCUUCUCCUUGCCUGAUUGUUUGCAGGUUGUCAGAGAAGUACAGUAUGACUUCUCCUUGGAAAAGAAGACCAUUGAGUGGGCUGAAGAUGUUAAGAAGAUCCAAGAAGCUCAGCAGGAAGCAGAACGCAGGGCCGAGGAAGCAGAGGCUACGGUGAAUCCCCAGAGCGGCCCAGAGGGCGACAGCAAAUUCUCCAAGACCCCCAGCACAGCCACAAUGCCGCCCCCCAUCAACCCGAUCCUCGCCAGCUUACAGCACAACAGUAUCCUCACCCCUACCCGGGUCAGCAGCAGCGCCACGAAGCAGAAAGUCCUCAGCCCUCCCCACACGAAGGCAGAUUUCAACCCCGCCGACUUUGAGUGCGAAGAAGACCCGUUUGAUAAUCUGGAGUUGAAGACUAUUGACGAGAAAGAAGAGCUGCGCAAUAUCCUGGUCGGAACCACUGGACCCAUUAUGGCUCAGUUAUUGGACACUAACUUGCCCCGGGGCAGCUCCGGGUCCGUGUUACAGGACGAGGAGGUCCUGGCGUCCCUGGAGCAGGCCACCCUUGAUUUCAAGCCUCUUCACAAACCUAACGGCUUUAUAACCUUACCCCAGUUGGGCAGCUGUGAGAAGAUGUCGCUGUCUUCCAAAGGCCCCCUGCCCCCCAUCCCCGCAGUGAGCAAUAUCAAAUCCCUCUCCUUUCCCAAACUGGACUCUGAUGACAGCGGGCAGAAGACAGCCAAGCUGGCGAGCACUUUCCACAGCACAUCCUGCCUCCGAGACGGCCCGUUCCCGAGUUCCCGGAAACCUUCCACCCAAAGCAGUGCCAGUGAGCUCAACGGGCAUCACACCCGGGGGCUUUCCGCUUUGAACUUGGACAGUGGCACCGAGGUGCCCGCCCUGCCUGCCUCUGAUCUCAUCUCCCAGAUGCCUUCCCUCUCUGUCUUGUCUGUGUGCACAGAAGAAUCAUCACCUCCAAAAACAGGUCCCACGGUCACACCUCCUAAUUUCUUAAUGUCACAAGUGCCCAAUGCCCCCAGCUGUCCCCAGGCUUGUUCUGAACUGCAGACACUGUCACCCAGUGAGCAGCAGUGUGUGGAGACGGUCGUCAACAUGGGCUACUCGUACGAGUGUGUCCUGAGAGCCAUGAAGAAGAAAGGCGAGAAUAUCGAGCAGAUUCUCGACUAUCUCUUUGCACAUGGACAGCUCUGUGAGAAGGGCUUCGACCCUCUCUUAGUGGAAGAGGCUCUGGAAAUGCACCAGUGUUCGGAGGAGAAGAUGAUGGAGUUUCUUCAGUUAAUGAGCAAAUUCAAGGAAAUGGGCUUUGAACUGAAGGACAUUAAGGAAGCUCUCCUGCUGCACAACAAUGACCAGGACAAUGCUCUGGAAGACCUCAUGGCUCGGGCGGGCGCCAGCUGAGACCAGGCCCGCCACAGCCCUGCCACGGAACCACCCCUGCAGGCGCCUUCCAGAGCCCAGCUGUGGGGAAGGAGAACGGGCGCACUUCUGGAUAGUCUUUUUUUUGGGGGGGUGGGUGGAAGACUGCUCAUCAGUCUGUGAGCCUAGGCCCUGAGCUGGGGAGGAAGUGGGGGAGAUUGGGGCCUGCGAGUGCCCCCUAGAACUUACUGGCUUCUUUCACAUUAAAUGCAUUUGUAUUUGAGAAGUGUCCUUCCCACCUUGGCCCCCAGGAGGCAUCCCGGGUUUCCUCAGCCGAAACCUGGCCUAGCUGCCAAGGGAGCUGGGGAGAAGGGGUGGGAGGGCCAGACUCAGUGCUGCUUUGGGGCGAGAUGCUUCUCUCCCGGACACUGGGGAACUGAGCUCGAACCCAAGUUGAGUGCAAUUGAAAGGUUCCGCCAGGGUUUUCUUUCUUUCCCCCUUUUAAACAGUCUUUAGUGUUACACUGGUUCUGCAAGUCUCUGAGGUGCAGAGUGCCUGUUCUCCCAGGGGCUCCCAAGUUUGCCUCUUCUGCCAGGCAGUCACCAAUGCUUUCCUGCCCCAGCCUAGGCCACAACCCCAGCUACCCAGGGUACCUGGGUCCCCCUGCUCUAGGAAGCAGCUGUCAGUUGAAUAAAUUGGCCGCUUCCUAGCCCUGAGGCAGGGGCACUGGCCUCGAUGUAGUCGCCCAGCACUAACUGCACCUCAGUUCUCCUCGGAGGACAGCCUCUCUCUCCACCCCCGCUCCAGGACGACACGAGUAACAGCUAGUCAGUAGAGAUUGGUCUCUUCGGUUUGUUUUGUAUUAUGUUGUACAUCAUUAAAGAUCUAAAUACAAAGGAUAUACAGUCUUGAUGAAUCUAAAGUAAUUUGCUAACUAUUUUGAUUCUUCAGAGAGAACUACUAAUAAAAAUAUAAAAGGUA